AUGUAAAAGUAAUAUGUGUAGUAUGUUUAACAAUAUGUCUCAUGUUAACCCUUUAUCACACUAAUAACUGUGAUACUAUGCCAAUGUUCAUUGGGUACAGAAUUUGCACUCUGUGUAACCCAGUUUCAACCAUUCAUGUUACAACCCAGAAGAAGGCAUGCUGAUGCCACUGGUGUUUUAUAGCAAUAAGAGUUUCUCAAAAUGAAGUCCUAUGUGACCAUUGCUGUUCUCUGUGUGCUGUUCUCUACAGCUUACGGGAUAAAAUGCUACGGUUGUUUAGAUGAAAACUGUUUCAGUUUAAAAAACGUCACCUGCCCCUCCAUCUCAGACCGCUGUUUCACCAUCACCACUGCAGGAAAAGUGAUAUCCAAGGGCUGUGGUUCGUCCUCAUUGUGUGUAGGGCCGGGUUGUUGUGACACAGACAUGUGCAAUGGUGCCGUGGAUGCCGGUCCUGGCGCCUUCUUCCUGCUGCUGUCCACAGCCCUCAUCACCCUCUUCCUCUGAUUCACUUUAAAAACACGUUCCCUCCCUACAACCCACAUAUUAACCAACACCCACAUACUCAUCCCAUAAUGCUUUUUUAUUUUUAUCUUGUGAUGCCUUCCUUUCCAAGUCUCCCCUUAGCUCACUCUCUUUCUCAGGCUAUCUCGAUUGUAAAACAGAGUAGAAGAGUAUGGCAUCCCUCAAAAUAAACAUAAUGAAUAAUU